AUAUGCCUUGGUGGACCAGCAAACUGCAGGAAGGAAGGAAAUGUCAUAGGGGUGUCAGGUAUCAUUGAAGCACAAAUUUGAAAGUGCUGACUUGAAUGACUGAAGAGGAACUUAUGCUGCCAAGAAUAUUAACCAUAGUUAUCACAUGGCAUGUGGCCAAGCUGGAGUGACAUUGCCUCUGUUCUCCGGUUGGAGUCAACUGGCUAACGUUAGCUAAAAUACAGAUGAGCAGUCGACUGGGCGACCGAGGCUGCCAGUAACUGAUUCCGCCAGACUAGCACGGGGACGUGGAUUUUUGAGUUACACUGAAUUACAACCGAUGACCAACAUGAUGAUUACCCUUACAUAGAUUCUGAGGAAGAUGAUGAACACAGAGAGGCGGGUGGUGGAGGAAUGGCUCUCAGAAUUCAAGACGCUAUCUGAAACCCAGAUCCCCGGCUAUGCUGGCAGCCUCCAUCAGAAGAAGCACCUGGUGCCUGCGCUCUACCGGGUCAUCCAGGACCCCCACAAUGAGCUGCUGGAGCCGGUGUGUCACCAGCUGUUUGAGCUGUACCGUAGCUCUGAGGAGCGCCUGCGCCGCUUCACGCUGCAGUUCCUGCCCGAGCUGCUGUGGGUCUACCUGCGCCUGACCGCCAGCCGCGAUCGCCACAGCAACGGCUGCAUCGAGGCCCUCCUGCUGGGCAUCUACAACCUGGAGAUUGUGGACAAAGAAGGCAACAGCAAGCUGCUCUCCUUUACCAUCCCCUCACUGUCCAAGCCCUCAGUCUACCACGAGCCAUCUAGUCUAGGCUCCAUGGCGUUGACAGAGGGAGCCCUGUGUCAGCAUGACCUGAUCAGAGUGGUUUACAGUGGCCUGCAUCCACAAAGAGAAACCUUCACAGCGCAAAACAGGUUUGAGGUGCUGUGCUUCCUGAUGCUGUGCUACAACUCCGCAGUGGUCUACAUGCCCCCCUCCUCCUACCAGGCUGUCUGCAGGAUGAGCUCCAGACUGUGUGUGUGCGGGUUUCCGCGGCAGCAGCAGAAGCCGUGGCGGGAGCCGUGCAACCGUGUGCAGCUGGAUGCCGACUUCAUGGUGCAGAUGCUGACCGCCAUCUACCACGCCACGUACAAUGGGGAGUGGGACAUGGGGAGAGAGGCACUCGAAGACAUCCUGUACCGAUCCCAGCUGGAACUCUUCUCCCAGCCCCUCCUGCUGGGGAAUGCCAUGAAGCGCUCGCUGCCUGACUGCGCUCCCGGCGACUCACAGGGACGAAAGGUCCUGCAGGUGGAGGUGACCCCAACGGUCAGCCGCAUCUCCCGCUCCGCCAUCACCGCCGCCUCCAUCCGCCGACACCGCUGGAAGAGAGAGGAUUGUUUUGACUACUCCACUGACGACGAGCUCACCCUCACCAUCCCUCCCCGCCGACACACCGCCCACCAGGACCCACCGGCGGCCAAUCAGGACCGAGGAGGGCGGGGUCACGUCGACAUUCUCGCGGUCACUCACGAGGAUGCGGACGGGAUGAGCGGUGGCGAGGAGUCUUUCAACCUCAACGACCCGGAUGAGGGCUUCUCGUCGGGCGCGUCCAACAGCAGCCAACCCAGCGCGCCCAAGCCCUUCGCCAGCAGCGGCAGCACCCGCAACAGUGGAGGUGGCGGAGGAGGAGGGGUCACCCGCGGCAGCCAGAAGAGCAGCGGCGGCAGCAGCAUGAAGAAGAGCAUGAUGAGCCGCCUGUCCCGGGACAAGCCCCCGCCAGAGAAACACAAGGAGCCUCCCACCACCGCCACCAUCGUUGUCCAAAUGGCGGCGCCGGUUGAGCCCCAGCCGCCUCCACGGCGACACCACCAGCAGCACCUGCUCCAGCAGACGCCGCCUCCGUCCCCCCCCACGCCCCAGCCUGUGCACCUGACCCCCGCCGCCUCUCCUCCCACCCCUGCACAGCGGUCAUCCGCGUCGUCGUCACCCCCACCACCACCACCGCCGCCGCCACCACUGCUGACGGUGGACGACCCCAUUGAGCUGGACGUCAUCGAGCUGAGCCUCAUCCAGCGGCAGCCGAGCCUGCCCUCGGCCGGACGGGCCCGCGCCCGCACGGCCAGCACCUCGUCCAGUCGCUCCCUGGACUGCACGGACACCAGCCUGAACGGGAGCAGCGGGGGUGCGGGCGGCAUCGGGGGCUCUCUGGGCGCAGGAGUGGACGGUGGUGGAGGCGGGUCUGCGUCCGGGGCAGGCCAUCGCCACUCCACCAUCAGCUUGCAGGAGGAGCACCUGGCUGGGCAGAGGGGCCGCCAGGAGCUGCUGCCGCCCGGAGCUCCGCUCACCAAGCAGUCCCGCUCGCCCAGCUUCAACAUGCAGAUCAUAUCGCAAGUGUAGCGCUCCCCAUACACACACACACACACACACACACACACACACACACACACACACACGUCAGCAGACAGACCUGCACCUGUUUACCAUCACAACAACUACAACUACUAUGACGACUACUUUUCCUCCUCCUCCUCGUCCUUUCCCUAAUGUCCUUCCACAGCCUCCUCUUCACUGGUGGCUCCGUCAUACAGGCUGCCUCGCUGCCAGUCUGGGGUGCCAGGAGUGGAGUUUCGCCUGCCUGCUGGAGAGGAGAGGUGCUGUGGAGGGUGGGGGAGUGAGGGGGAUUGGGUGGAGGUGCAGGAUUUGGUGGAGGCGCAGGAUUUGGUGGAGGCGCAGUAGAGGCUGAUGGCUGCCUCUGUGUGGGCCUCAGGUCACGCAUGUGUUUUUAAACAUCUCAAAACAAAUCAUAAACAUUUAUAACAAAAUAUAAAAAGGCUCUGUGCCCAAUGCUGCCCUCUGGUGGAGGCCUGUGUAAGCACAACACUGAGGAAAGCCAUCCUGGCGCUACAGCGCCCCCCUAGUCUACCUACUCUACCUAGUCUUGUUCGCUGGAUGGAGUACCCCAACGUCCUUGGACCAAACUCAGCAUUCCAUGUCUACAGGAGGAAAAAAAAAAAAACAGAGACUCUCUGAGUAUGAAGAGUUGAAGAUGUGUUCAGCAAUUGGAAAAACAUACUGUGGGUUUCGGAUGUAAUAUUUUCAGAAAGAAUUCAGUUACUGUUCCACGCAUAUAGUUUAUAUUUUGUAAGCCAAUCAGCAAUAAGAAUUCAUGUUUGUUCAUCUAAAAGAGUGAAUCACUGUAGUGUGUCAUGCCUACCUGUUGAUCCUUGGGUGACGUGCAAUCUAUCAAUUGUUAUACGUUUUUGUUAAAUGUUUAUUACUUUUACAAGAAACAGCUGGACUAGCACAGAGUGACAACAUUGUAAAAACUCUUUUGAAUAUAUUAUUUUGUUUCGCUUUGGAGUUUGCUUAUUACCGGAAACCGACUAGACAAAUCAAAACUGAAAUUUUACACUUGUCAACAAACUUUAAUUUAAUUUUAAGUAAUUUAUGAAGUUUGUGUGUGGGGGGGGUUGUUUGUUUUCCUUCAGAGAUAUUAUUUUAUCGGCUUACGGUCUUGAAUCAGCUGUGUAAUCACAACUGGAAUUUCUAUCCUAGUCCUUGUGCAGAAUAUAUGUAUUGAGAAAGUGAAAGACAAAGGCGACUUUUUUUUUUUUUUAUAUAUAUAUAUGUUCUCUGUUGCCAGCUUUGCGAGUGUGAUUGAACUUCUGGAGACACAUGUUGUCUGGUGUGCGGACUGUAAAAUUAAAGGCUCCAUGCUGUAGCUGUCCAAGUGGCUCUAAGAGAAUGCUGGUAGAGAACGCUACUUGACUGAAGUGACCCUAAGGCCUGUUUUGCUGUUGUCCUGUUAUCCUGAAACAGUAUGGUUACACUGUAGAGUCUUGUGUUUGUUGGUUCUAUCAAAAGAAACUGUGUAUGUGUGUGUGUACACCAUGUAACAUGGACUUGUUUUCUUGUCUCAUGGCCCUUCUUGGGUCCGUUUGUUCUCCAGUCAGAGAAGCAAUCAUCCAGUGUUUGGUGACCAGUUUCACCCAACUGCUCACACGUUGUUCUACCUCAUCUUCUUCACUGUCUGCCACUCUAUACCAGACUCACAACACACAAUCUCCAGCAGCUACAAGUGGUUUGGGCCGGUCAGUCGGUCAAUCAGUCUUUGUGAGGGUAGUGGAGGGAGGCCCUAGGUUACCCCGCCAAGCUCAAGGAAGACCUGUAGUGGGGUGCUAUUCCUCUCCUAGCCCUAGUCUACAGGAACUCCAGAGGUUGGUGGCCAGUAAGGGACCAGUAGUAGGUCUAUUCUACCCUCACACCUGUCUGAAGCAUGGGUUGCCAUAGGCCCACUUGGGCUAAAUUGAUAUGGUCAUUGAGGGGAUUGUUUCAUUUUUGUCCAAGAGCAAAGAGUUUUACUUCUCAUUUGGCGGUGGUCCAGUUUUAUUUGUGUUAGCUUUUUAUUAUUAUUAAUUUUGGAAAUCGCUAGUUGCUUUAUUAUUCUGAAUUAGAGAAGCUUGCCUAGUUUUGUCGGUGAAAUGUCUUAUAGACAGAUGUUGAAUGGAAGCUAAUGUUGCUUGUAAUGUUUCUCCAUGUGGAAUGGGUAUCGUAUUCAUGGAUCGGUUAAGGGUUGGACUCCUGUCCAUAGCCUUGUUGUGCUCAGAGUAAUGUUGGGUCUUACUGCAGGCUCCUCUUAAUGUCUUAUUUUUUGCCAAAUGUGCCAAGGCAGAAGGCCCCCGUAGGGAAGACGUGCCCAUGCUUGUGUCUUAAGCUGAAGGUCAAAUUAAAGCUGGUCCUUAGUGUCCUUUUGAGAUGUAGGUCUUAUUUCAGAGAGAUAAAUGAACGGGGUUUAUUAAAGCUCCUAAGGAGUUGUCCAAGAUUAACUGCUUCAAUCUGUCCAGGCAUUAUUUCAAACCAUAUUUGUCUUGUCAUUUCAUGAUGUCAUGGGUAAUGUGUGUGUACAUGGGUAAUGUGUACAUGUUUGUGAUGUGUCCAUGUUUUCAGAAUUAACACAAGCCUUCAUGUGACUGAAAUAUAGUGUGUGUGAAAUAUAGUGUGAAAAUAUGAAAAUAUUCUUUUUUUUUUUUGGGUUGUGACAUGAAGUGCUACAGCCUGAGGGGCCGAAUCAUCAUGCACUUGAUGGUGCAGGAACAUGUGCAUACGUGUAUAACAUUUCCUGAUUCUCUCUAGUCAAACUGCCCCAGGGUCAAGGUCAUCAAGGCCCCAGUGUCCCCUUGCAACCCCCCAUUGUCUCUGUUGUAUGGGGCGGGCUGUAGGGGGGCACCUGCCAGUCCUGUUUGUGGAGAAGCUUAUUACUUCCUAAUUUCAAAUACAUCUCUGCAAUGUUGUCAUCUAUAUUGCUGGUGGAGUAACCAAGGAUUUAACACUGUAAGACCAAACAGCAAGACGUGGGUGUGUCUUUUUGUCUAGACAGUGUUGUUUCGUCUCAAUAGUGUGUGUCUAGUUCUUCGUUUUCUGUGAGAGUGUGGGCGUCGUCCUCAUAUGAUGCACUUUAUCCAAUCCUCAGCCCACUCUGUUGUCAUGUGACCAAUGUUGACAUGCUGAAUCUGACACUUACACACACACACAUCUAGGAUUUUUUUGUUCAUUUGUUUUUGUCCCAUACAACAAAUCUUUUUAUGGCUGGAGUUGCAGGGUAGUAAGGUGUCUGCUGUGUAAUGUUCACAUUUAUCUCCCUCUUCAUUUCAAACCAAAUAUCCACAUGUUGGACCAUCUCAGGAUUGUCACACUGAUUUCACCACAGUAACUUCGACCUUCAACAGAAAUCCCUUCUCUUUUUUCCCCCCCGUUUCACAUCACAGGUGAUUUCUAUGCAAUGUUUUCAAAUUUAUUUGUCCGUAUGUUAUUGUCUGUGUGGAUCAAAAGAAUGAACAUAUGCAGAAGCGAGAAAGAAAUUAACUAGUGACCAUUGAGACUUGCAAAAAGAUAGCCAUGUCAGGCCCCUACUGUUGGAGAACUGAAGGUCAGAGUUGCUGCUCCCAGAUUGAAGAGUGGGGUUCCUAGGACAAGCUUGUGUCUCAGUCCAAUGAAUAACCAUUCCCUGUUUUUCUUAGGCCACUUCCUUUUAAAGAUACGUUGGCUAGCUAUGCUAUGGGUGGUUCUGGUCAGUUGGACUCUCAGAAUGCACAUGCAUGGUCCUGGUCUGUGUGUGGCCUCAUUGUUCUGUUUGGGUCUGACCGCAUGAGUCCAUGAUUUAAAAAUAAAUAAAUAAAUGUAAAGGUCCAAUCCUAAGACUGUAAACAGAGCAACUCAAAGAUGUGAAACACUGUACUAUUGAUGUUGUAAAUGGGAUGGAAAAGAAAAGAAUAUUUUAAAUCUGUAAAUAAACAAAUGUACAAAAGAGUGUGAGACAAUAUAAAGUUCAGUCUGCAAUGCAGAGAAAAAUGAAUAUGUAUAUUGGUGAAUAAAUCUUGUGCUGUAAAGGA